AGCAGGCAGUUCCGGCCCAGGGGGAGGCCAGGCCAGACAGCUGCAUGAGGACCGAGCUGCUGCGAGAAGAGACACCUAUGGCUGCUGAUGAAGGCUCAGCAGAGCAGCAGGCGGGAGAGGCCCACGUGGCCGCAGACGGCGAGACCAACGGGCCAUGCGACCAAGGUGGCGAUGCCAGCAGCCAUUCACAGGCGACGAAGCACACGCAGGAGAGCGCAAAGGCCAGCUCACAGGAAGGCACCAACACACUCCCCCGAGUCGCGGAGAACGGAAUUUCAGAGAGAGACAUAGAAGCAGGACAGCAGAACCACGUCACGGCCGACGACUUCACGCAGACCGCUGUUGUGGGCAGCAAUGGCUACUUCCUGAGCAAGCCGGCCCUGCAGGGGCCACCCCUGAGGACUAGCAGCGCUCUGGCCUCUGCACUUCCUGGCCAUGCUGCAAAAACCCUGCCUGGAGGGGCCGGGAAAGGCAGGACUCCGAGUGCUGUUCCUCCAGCGCCAGCUGCAGCACCAGCCAUGCUCGGGGAGGGGAGCGCAGGUGUGGAGGACAGGAAGCCCGCGACCCCCGGCACCGACGUCAAGGUUCACAGGGCACGCAAGACCAUGCCACGAUCCGUCCCAGGCCUGCACGCAGCCAGUAAGGAGCCCAGGGACGUCCGAGACGCGCGAGAUCACAAGGAACCCAAGGACGAGAGCGGCAGGAGCGUCCCCGACUUUGGCCGGCAGCAGCUCCUGCCCCCCUUCCCGGCCCUUCCCCCGUCUCUACCUCAGAACCAGUGCCACGUGGCCACCACGAAGGCCCAGACAGCUUGCUUGCCUUUUGUUUUAGCAGCUGCCAUGUCUCGGAAGAAAAAACGAAGAAUGGGGACCUAUAGCCUGGUUCCCAGGAAAAAGACCAAAGUUCUAAAGCAGAGGACGGUGAUUGAGAUGUUUAAGAGUAUAGCUCCCCCCACAGUGGGCUCCAAGGGGGAGAAGGACCUGGCCGACAGCACCCUGCACAUGAAUGGGGAGAGCCUGGACAUGGACUCGGAGGAGGAGGACUCGGAGGAGCUCGAGGAGGACGAGGACCACGGGGCCGAGCAGGCGGCUGCCUUUCCCACUGAGGACAGCAGGACUUCUAAGGAGAGCUCGUCUGAAACCGACCGAGCCCACAAGAUGGAUGGCGAGUCUGAGGAGGAGCAGGAGUCGGCUGACACCGCGGAGGAGGAGGAAGGGGACGAGUCUGACCUGAGUUCCGAGUCCAGCCUCAAGAAGAAGUUUCUCAAGAGGAAAGGGAAGACAGACAGUCCCUGGAUUAAGCCUGCCAGGAAGAGGCGGCGAAGAACGAGGAAGAAGCCAAGCAGUCUGCUGGGUUCCGAGGCACGGAAGCCGUCCUCAGGAAGCACAGAGCAGACGGCACCAGGAGACAGCGCUGGGUACAUGGAAGUUUCUCUGGACUCCCUGGAUCUCCGUGUCGGAGCGACCCUGUCCUCCCCGGCAGAAGGGCUGGCCAACGGCCCGGACGCACUGGAGACGGACGGCCUUCAGGAAGUGCCUCUGUGCAGCUGCCGGAUGGAGACCCCACGGAGCCGAGAGAUCACCACUCUGGCCAACAACCAGUGCAUGGCCACUGAGCGUGUGGACCACGAGCUGGGCCGGUGCACGAACAGCGUGGUCAAGUUCGAGCUGAUGCGCCCGUCCAGCAGGGCGCCGCUGCUGGUGCUGUGCGAGGACCACCGCAGCCGCAUGGUGAAGCACCAGUGCUGCCCCGGCUGCGGCUGCUUCUGCACGGAGGGCGAUUUCAUGGAGUGUCAGCCUGAGAGCGGCAUCUCUCACCGUUUCCACAAGGACUGUGCCUCUCGGGCCAGCAACGCCAGCUACUGCCCCCACUGCGGGGAGGAGACCUCCAAGGCCAGAGAGGUGACGAUAGCAAAGGCAGACACAACCUCCACGGUGACGCCAGCCCCCGCACAGGAGACGAGUCUGGCCGCCGAGGGCAGGGCGGACACGACCACGGGCAGCGCCGCUGGACCACCGCUUUCGGAGGACGACAGGCCACAGAGCGCAGCGCCCCAGGUGCCCGAGGGCUUCGACCUGACCGGGCCAGCAGGGCUUGGCCGGCCAACCACUGGCCUCUCCCAGGCGCCAGGGAAGGAGACCCUGGAGAGCGCCCUGAUUGCGCUGGACUCAGAGAAACCCAAGAAGCUUCGCUUCCACCCGAAGCAGCUGUACUUCUCGGCCAGGCAGGGAGAGCUUCAGAAGGUGCUGCUUAUGCUGGUGGACGGCAUCGACCCCAACUUCAAGAUGGAGCACCAGAACAAGCGCUCCCCACUGCACGCCGCAGCGGAGGCCGGCCACGUGGACAUCUGCCACAUGCUGGUUCAGGCGGGUGCGAACAUUGACACCUGCUCGGAAGACCAGAGGACGCCGCUGAUGGAGGCAGCAGAGAACAACCACUUGGACGCAGUGAAGUACCUCAUCAAGGCCGGGGCGCUGGUGGACCCCAAGGAUGCGGAGGGCUCCACGUGCCUGCACUUGGCCGCCAAGAAGGGCCACUACGACGUCGUCCAGUACCUGCUUUCCAGUGGCCAGGUGGACGCCAACUGCCAGGAUGAUGGAGGCUGGACACCCAUGAUCUGGGCCACCGAGUACAAACACGUGGACCUCGUGAGGCUGCUGCUGUCCAAGGGCUCCGACAUCAACAUCCGGGACAACGAGGAGAACAUCUGCCUGCACUGGGCAGCCUUCUCAGGCUGCGUGGACAUCGCCGAGAUCCUGCUGGCCGCCAAGUGUGACCUGCAUGCCGUGAAUGUCCACGGGGACUCGCCCCUACACAUCGCGGCCAGGGAGAACCGCUACGACUGUGUCGCCCUCUUUCUUUCUCGGGAUUCAGAUGUCACCUUAAAGAAUAAGGAAGGGGAGACGCCCCUGCAGUGCGCGAGCCUCAACUCCCAGGUGUGGAGCGCCCUGCAGGUGAGCAAGGCGCUGCGGGACGCGGCCCCUGACAGGCCCUCCCCCGUGGAGAAGACGAUGAGCAGGGACAUCGCCCGCGGCUAUGAGCGAAUCCCCAUCCCCUGUGUGAAUGGAGUGGACGCUGAGCCAUGCCCCAGCAACUACAAGUACGUCUCCCAGAACUGUGUGACCUCCCCGAUGAGCAUCGACAGGAACAUCACUCACCUGCAGCUCCCAGCACACCACCUGAAGUGCCAGGGCAACUCAUCCUCAGGGCUGCCCUCGGACCGCACGCCUGUCUCUUCGCCCUCCUACCCGCCUUCCCAUCGCGUGGUCCUGUUCAGGGCCUGCCCACACCAGCUCUGCCAUCCCAGCUCUGACCUCCACCGUGUCCUCGGGCCCCUCCCUCAGGCACUCAGCCUGUCUAGGACCUGUGCUCUCCCCCUCCCUGAGACCUCACGCGCCCUUGAUCCGAUCAGAAGGAAGCACUGACGGGGACAUUUACUUAUUU